GGUCAUUUGACAGUAGCGCCUAGUGGUCGAUUGUUAAACGAUUUGUCAUUAUUUUCUUCAACUACGUUGCAACGAAAUUUGUUACAAGGGUAAUUGCACGUCAUCGUCAAAUAGCAUCGGGAAGAAGGAAGUAAGAAAGAAAUAACUGUGGUUAAAUCCUUAAGUAUUCUGGUUAAAUCCUUAAUUAAGCUGGUAAAUUAAGCAGCACAGAUGAAGAUUUUGAUCACGCUUUGCGCGAUCUUUGCUGUAUCCUCAGCAAGAGUAGUGAUCACUGCUGAGGGUCCAGCAAAUCUACACCGUUUAGGCGAACAAGAAUGUACAUGGGGACCUUCAUAUUGGUGUGAAAAUAUCAAAACUGCAGCAGGAUGUAAUGCAACUGCGCAUUGUAUCAAAACAAUGUGGAAGGAUAUGAACGUACCAGAAGAUAAUGAUAGUGUUUGUAAUAUUUGUAAAGAUAUGGUUCAGCAAGCUCGUGACCAAUUAGAGAGUAAUCAAACUCAAGAGGAUUUAAAAGCUGUGUUUGAAGGAAGCUGUAGGCUUAUUCAUGUAAUUCCAAUUGUGAAAGAAUGUAUAACAAUUGUAGAUCAGUUUAUCCCGGAGCUUGUUGAAACAUUAGCAUCUCAAAUGAAUCCAUCUCUUGUUUGUUCUGUUGCUGGACUUUGUAAUUCUGCUCACAUGGACAAAUUGUUAGUGGAAUAUGGACCUAAAGUAUCAGAACCUAAAGCCACAGAAGUGAAGUCUCGAUCUUUGGAAAAAGAUGAAUAUGAACCUGAUGAAUGUUCAAAAUGUUUCACAGUAGCAGCACAUAUGGAACAUAAAUUAAAUAAUACUCCUCGUGAGAAAGUAUUUCAACAAAUGCUUAAUUUAUGUGCAGAACUUGGUACUUACUCAGAUGCUUGUUCAGCCAUAGUCAUAACUUACUUUGAUACAAUAUAUGCUCAUUUGCAAGAAAAUUUCAACGCUCAAAAUAUUUGUCACUUAUCUGGUCAGUGUAGUGCUAAAUUUCAUAAACAUGAAGAUGCUGAUAAAAUUUUAAAAGUAGAAAUUAGACCACUAUCGAGUGUGGGUAUGGUUGAUGUAAAUGAUGAUCUUCCGUGCAUGUUGUGUAAACAACUUGUUGGGCAUUUAAAAGAUCUUUUAGUAGCUAAUACUACAGAAACAGAAUUUAAAGAAGUUUUGAAAGGAUUAUGCAAACAGACUAAAUCAUUUUCUACUGAAUGUCUUGCCAUAGUCGAUGAAUAUUAUCCACAAAUAUAUGAAUAUUUGACAAAAACGUUAAAUUCUGAUCUUGUCUGUCAAAUAAGUGGAAUGUGUCUUUCUUCAGGCAAAGCAUUGCAGAGUGACCCAAUUUGGCCUUUAGUACCUAAAAAUGUAGCUGAAGUAGGAAUGCGUAUUUUCCAAGGUGCAAAUAAGAAUAUUGAACCUGAUAAUAAUGAACAACCAAGUAAAACAGAAAUUGAAGCAAUGCAAUUACCUAUUGAAAGGCUAGUACCAUUCCCUAUGUCAGAGGGUUCAUUAGAUAUUAAAGGAACAGAAAAGUGUGCAUUAUGCGAGUACAUAUUACAUUUUAUUCAAGAAACUAUAACGAAUCCUGAUACAGAGGAUAAAGUAAAAGAAGCAUUAGGAAAAGUAUGCAAGAAAUUACCUGAAUCUAUAGCAGAUCAAUGUACACAAUUUGUAGACCUUUAUGGAGAUGCUGUAGUGGCUAUCUUGGCUCAAGAAAUUGAUCCAUCUCAAGUGUGCCCAAUGUUACAUCUGUGUCCAAAUGAAAAGUUGAUGGAAUUGUGGCAAAGUAUUCCAACAAAAUAUAUGCUUGAGGAAAAAAAAGACAAACCCACUUGCCCAUUAUGUUUACUUGCUAUGUCUCAAAUUUACGAAGCUAUAAAAAACAAUAGGACCGAGAAAAACAUAGAAAAUCAACUGGACAAAUUAUGUGUUCAUUUGCCACAUAGUUUAGUAGAAGAAUGUACAGAUUUAGUUAAAGGUUAUAGCAAAGAAAUUAUAGAAUUAUUGUUGGCAGAUUUAACACCUCAAGAAGUAUGUGUCUACAUUAAAUUAUGUGAUGCUUCAAAGAAUUCUGGUCCAAGUGAUGAAUUUAUUACUGAUAAAGAUGGUGAAAUUUUAACUAAUGAAAUACCAAAUGAUCCAGUAAGUUCAGAAAUAUCAGAAAAUGUAGGCGGUAGUCCAUAUUGUGUUAUUUGUGAAUUCGCUAUGCAUUAUGUUGACAAAGUACUUGCUAAUGAAAAGGAAAAACAUAAAGUUGAAAAGGCAGUACACGAUGUAUGUAAUCAUCUUCCAAAGUCCGUUUCUCGAGAUUGUAACGAUUUCGUUAAUAAAUAUGCUGCUACUGUAAUUGAUGUCAUUACGAAAGAUGUUAGUCCUAAGCAAGUUUGCACUAUGCUUGCAUUUUGUUCCGUAUUUAUACAGGAAGUGAAAGCUUCUGUAGAAGAAUGUGCUAUGUGCAAAUCUAUUAUAUCAGUAGUAGAUGAAAUUGUGGACCAUCAAGACGUUGAUAACAGCAUUAGGAAAAUAGUGCCUGAAGUAUGUAAAUAUUUACCAUCAGACACACACCACAAGUGUAUCACGCUUGUCAGUUCCUAUGGAGAAAGCAUAAUAAAUCUUGUCAAACAACGUGAACCUUCUUACAACAUAUGUGGUAAAAUGGCUCUUUGCGCAUCUAAUGAUUAUUCAUCAGUGUCGUUGGAAACUUCGCGAAUUAAACGAUCGUAUGAAAAAAAUCGCAUAAAACAUUGUACAUGGGGACCUGUCUAUUGGUGUUCCUCUAAUGAAACUGCUCGCGAAUGUAAAGCUGUUGAGCACUGCAAAGAAAAUGUAUGGAAAGCCGAUUUCGCUCCUCCUAAACAAAUUACUUUGAGUGAGAAGGAACCUAAUGUUUAAGUUCGUUAUGAAAAAAUAAAUUGAACUAUUCUUUUGAUUUUUGCAUAAGAA